GAAUCACAUCAAUAAAGUUGUGGCCAACACCAUCUAAAUAAUUAUCCAAAAUUUAGAAGAAAAUAAAACAAAUAAAUAAAAUACAAGUUCGCAAUUGAUUCCCAGAAAGUUGUCGCACUUGGCAGCAUAUAACAGUAGUUGCAUGUAGUUUCUCGCUCUUAAUCUUUGAGAGAGAGAGAAAGAUGUGGCUUUUCGGAAGGAGAGGGCAGUCGGGAUUUUCAGCUAGCUCUACUGCAGAGGAAGUUACUCAAGGAGUUGAUGGCUCUGGCCUCACCGCCAUCGUCACUGGAGCAACAAGUGGCAUUGGAGAAGAAACUGCUCGAGUCCUGGCAUUACGCGGUGUUCGUGUAAUUAUGGCAGUGCGUAAUCUGGAGACCUCUAGAAAGAUCAAAGAAACAAUAAUCAAUGAAUUCUCUGAUGCUAAAAUUGAUGUUAUGGAACUCGAUCUUUCCUCUUUUGCAUCUGUUAGGAAAUUUGUAUCGGAAUACAACUCUUCGAGGCUUCCCUUAAACCUCCUCAUUAACAAUGCAGGGGUUAUGGCUACACCCUUCAUGCUUUCACAUGACAAUAUAGAAUUGCAAUUUGCAACGAACCAUCUAGGUCAUUUUCUAUUGACAAAUCUUCUAUUGGAAACUAUGAAGAAGACUGCACGUGAAAGUGGGAAAGAAGGAAGAAUUGUCAAUGUUUCAUCAGAGAGUCAUCGGUUUGGGUAUCGUGAAGGCAUCCGCUUUGAUAAGAUCAACGACGAGUCAAGUUACAAUGGCUGGUACGCAUAUGGACAGUCCAAGCUGGCUAACAUAUUGCACGCUAAUGAACUCGCGAGGCGCUUUCAGCUAUUACAGGAAGAAGGGAUCAAAAUAACUGCUAACUCACUACAUCCGGGAGCAAUCUCCACCAACCUUCUGCAGCAUCAUGGCCUCUUAGCAAGCAUAGGUCAAUUUCUUGGUGAGUACUUCCUCAAAAAUAUUCCUCAGGGAGCAGCGACGACGUGUUAUGUGGCUUUGCAUCCACAAGUUGAAGGAGUGAGCGGUGAGUAUUUUUCGGACAGCAACGUCGCGCGGCCGUCGGAACGGGCCAGGGAUGCUCAGCUGGCUAAAAACCUGUGGAACUUCAGCUUGGAAUUGACGAACCCUAAAUAGUUUCACUUUGAUUCCUCGAAUCUUGUUGUCAUCACUUGUAAACAAAUGUCAUCUCAUGUUAUAGGUCGGUCACAGUUUUAUUCUCUUCAUAGAUUUCACCAUGUUGAUGCAUGCUUGAUAUUUAUGGUUUUAAUUCUAUUAAUUUGGCACUCGAAAUUAUUCAUAACCUUAGUAUCAAGAUGAUACCAGACAUGAUGGAUUGUGUCAAUUUUUUUGUUCUCGAUGUAAAUCUGAACAAAUAUAAAAACUUUUGUGUUUGUGGACUAA